AUGAAUUUGUCUCACCUAAACGACAGAGCUGAGAGCCACUUUAAAGUAUCAGAAGUGCAUGAACUGGAGACAGUGGGAAAGAAAGCUUGGGACAAUCCUGUUUACAAUGGCUCUCCCUCUACCUCCUCGAAAAUUCAAACCAUCUACAACCCCAAGUCUAUGCUGGAGAAUCCCUACAAGAAUUUUGAAGAGGUUGGGGAUCCACUGCCCUACCAGGAAGAACGGAGCAAAGCUGUGAAGGGAAAGACAAGUCCUUUCCUCAAGUGCUGCUUCUACAUCUUCAGAGGCGUGCGAGGUCUGUGGGGCACCACGCUGACUGAGAACACAGCUGAAAACAGGGAGCUUUACGUCAAGACCACCCUGCGAGAGCUGCUGGUCUAUGUUAUGUUCUUGGUGGACAUUUGUCUAUUGACAUAUGGAAUGACAAGUUCCAAUGCCUAUUACUACACCAAAGUGAUGUCUGAGCUCUUCCUGCAGACCUCUACAGAUGGCCGUGUGUCCUUCCAGUCCAUCAGCAGCAUGGCUGACUUCUGGGUGUAUGCACAAGGUCCCCUGCUGGACAGUCUUUACUGGACAAAGUGGUACAACAACGAGUCCCUGGCAGCACACAGCACCCACUCAUACAUCUAUUACGAGAACCUGCUGCUGGGUGUCCCACGCAUGAGACAGCUGAAGGUGAAGAACAACUCCUGUGUGGUCCAUGAUGACUUCAAGGAGGAAAUCUUGGGCUGCUAUGAUGUAUACUCCGAGGACAAGGAGGAAAGGGUCUCCUUUGGGCUCAUCAAUGGAACGGCGUGGAGGUACCACUCUGAGGAGGAACUGGGUGGUUCAUCUCACUGGGGAAGACUAACCAGUUACAGUGGGGGAGGAUACUACAUAGACCUCAAGAUGACCAGAGAAGAGAGUGCUGAAGCCCUGCAAGUCUUGAAGGAGAAACUGUGGCUGGAUCGGGGAACACGAGUUGUCUUUAUUGAUUUCUCUGUGUAUAAUGCAAAUAUCAAUCUCUUCUGUGUUCUGAGGUUAGUGGUUGAGUUUCCAGCCACUGGUGGUGCCAUUCCGUCCUGGCAGAUCCGGACAGUGAAGCUUAUACGAUACGUCAGCACAUGGGACUUCUUCAUUGUUGCCUGUGAAAUUGUAUUCUGUGUCUUUAUCUUCUACUAUGUGGUGGAAGAGGCUUUGGAGCUCCGUAUCCACAAGCUUCAGUACUUCACCAGCAUCUGGAACAUUCUGGAUGUAGUUGUCAUUCUGCUCUCCAUUGUUGCUAUUGGGUUUCACAUCUUUCGCACCACUGAGGUGAACAGGCUGCUGGGAGAGUUGCUGAAACGCCCCAACACCUACGCAGACUUUGAAUUCCUGGCAUUCUGGCAGACACAGUACAACAAUAUGAAUGCAGUCAACUUAUUUUUUGCCUGGAUCAAGAUAUUCAAGUAUAUUAGCUUUAACAAAACAAUGACCCAGCUCUCCUCCACGCUGGCACGUUGUGCCAAGGACAUCCUGGGCUUUGCCAUUAUGUUCUUCAUUGUCUUCUUUGCCUAUGCCCAGCUGGGUUACCUUCUUUUUGGGACACAAGUGGAAAACUUCAGUACCUUUGUUAAAUGCAUUUUCACCCAGUUUCGGAUCAUUCUUGGUGAUUUUGACUACAAUUCCAUUGACAAUGCCAACAGGGUCCUUGGGCCUAUUUACUUUGUCACCUAUGUGUUCUUUGUUUUCUUUGUGCUUCUGAACAUGUUUCUGGCCAUCAUCAAUGACACCUACUCAGAAGUCAAGGAGGAGCUUUCGAGCCAGAAGGAUGAGCUGCAGCUCUCUGACAUCUUGAAGCAGAGCUACAACCGAACACUCACGAGGCUGAAGCUGAAGAAGGAACGGAUUUCUGAUGUGCAGAAAGCCCUGCAGAGUGGAACAAAACAAUUAGACUUUGAAGACUUCAAGAACAGCUUGAAGGAACUGGGCCAUGCAGACCAUGAGAUCACAGAAGCUUUCUCCAGAUUUGACAGAGAUGGCAACCACAUCCUUGAUGAAGAGGAGCAACAGCAGAUGAAGCAUGACCUAGAGGCAAAAAGGGUUGCUCUGACUACAGAGAUUGAAAAUUUGGGGAAAUCCUACGGUGACAACAACCUGGAUGAGAAUCUGACCUACAUGGAAGCAAGGAAUAACCAAACAAAUAAGGCCACGUGGGUCUCCAAAGAAGAGUUCCAAGUCCUCCUGCAUCGUGUGCUGCAGCUGGAACAGUCCAUAAACAGCAUUGGCUCCAAGAUUGAUGCAGUGGUGAACAAGCUCAACGUGCCAGAAAGAAAAGAGCUGAAGAGGAAGGAUCUGUUGGGAAAAUCAGUGGGUGAUGUUAGCAAGGAGGAAGAAGCCAGUCAGGAAGAGCUGCACCCCCAGAGCCUAGACCAGCUGGGGAAAGAAGAUGCAGAAAGCUGGGGAAUGGAACAUGUACAGAGAAACAACCUGAGUGGCAACUCUUCCCAAAAUGGGGUCUACUGCAUCUUGCCCAAGUCAAGUGUGCUGGGGUCUCAGGUGCCCAAGAGGCUCUAG